CCCCUACUUAUUCAGUCUUCUUUAAUCUUACAGGACCCCUUCUCAUUCAAUCCUCCUUGCACUCUGUAAUUUGUGUUCUGUCUGCUAUUGAAGCGUUGAAUCUCUUAUAUCAUGCAACCGCUGUAGCUCUAGCCCACCGUCAUUCCACUCUCUUCUACGAUCCAGAUUCUCUUCUCUGCAACUAAAGCUUCUCUUGCUUUACUCUACACUAUGGCGGCGGUGUCUCGGCUUCUCAUCAAUCCCAACCAAUAUUUCUCCCCAUUCUUGGAAUCUCCAAGGCCAAAGCUCACGAACUCAAAACAGUUUCGUUUGAGAGCUUCGAGUGAUAGCUCCAAUGGUGAUGUGAACAAUCUGGUGGGAAAAGAAAGAGAUGGAUGGAUGAUCGACUACUCCGGUGAAAAACCGAUGACACCAUUGUUGGACACUGUGAAUUUCCCUAUUCACAUGAAGAAUCUGUCAUUACAGGAUCUUGAGCAACUUGCAGCAGAGCUUAGAGCCGAAAUCGUGUUCUCCGUAUCGAAAACCGGAGGUCAUUUAAGCGCAAGCUUAGGCGUCGUCGAGCUAUCUGUGGCACUACAUCAUGUGUUCAACACUCCAGAUGACAAAAUCAUAUGGGAUGUUGGCCAUCAGGCAUACCCCCACAAAAUCCUUACUGGGAGAAGGUCUAGAAUGCAUACUAUAAGGCAAACUUCAGGGCUUGCUGGUUUUCCCAAAAGGGAUGAGAGUAUUUAUGAUGCUUUUGGAGCAGGACACAGUUCUACAAGCAUAUCAGCUGGUCUUGGCAUGGCAGUUGCAAGAGAUCUUUUGGGAAAGAAAAACAAUGUCAUUUCUGUGAUUGGAGAUGGAGCUAUGACAGCAGGCCAAGCAUACGAGGCGAUGAACAAUGCAGGCUACCUCGACACAAAUAUGAUCGUUAUUCUGAACGACAAUAAGCAAGUCUCGUUACCGACUGCUACGCUCGAUGGCCCUGCUACUCCUGUUGGUGCACUCAGCAGUGCCUUAACCAAGCUUCAAUCAAGCACUAAAUUUCGAAAACUUCGAGAAGCUGCAAAGAGCAUCACAAGGCAAAUUGGGGAUCAAGCACACGAGGUUGCGGCGAAAGUAGACGAAUAUGCGAGAGGUAUGAUAAGCGGCUCGGGGUCUACUUUUUUCGAGGAGCUAGGCUUGUACUACAUUGGUCCUGUGGAUGGGCACAGUGUUGGGGAUUUGAUCACCAUUUUUGAAAAAGUUAAGUCAAUGCCGGCUCCGGGGCCUGUUCUGAUCCACAUAGUUACAGAAAAGGGGAAAGGCUAUCCUCCAGCAGAGGCAGCUGCAGAUAAAAUGCAUGGUGUUGUCAAGUUUGAUCCAAAAACAGGCAAGCAAUUCAAGCCAAAAUCUUCCACACUUUCAUACACUCAAUACUUUGCUGAAUCUCUGAUAAAAGAAGCCGAAGUCGACGACAAGAUCGUGGCCAUCCACGCUGCCAUGGGUGGUGGAACUGGUCUUAACUAUUUCCAGAAGAGGUUUCCCCAGCGCUGUUUCGAUGUCGGGAUUGCAGAGCAACAUGCUGUUACGUUUGCAGCCGGUUUAGCAACGGAGGGUGUUAAGCCAUUCUGUACUAUCUACUCCUCGUUCCUUCAGCGAGGAUUUGAUCAGGUGGUACAUGAUGUAGACCUUCAGAAACUACCGGUCCGCUUCGCAAUGGAUCGAGCUGGAUUGGUCGGUGCCGAUGGCCCGACACAUUGCGGAGCAUUUGAUAUAACAUACAUGGCUUGUUUGCCAAACAUGAUCGUCAUGGCUCCAUCUGAUGAAGCUGAACUAGUGCACAUGGUAGCAACAGCAGCAGCCAUAGACGAUAGACCAAGUUGUUUCAGGUUUCCUAGGGGCAAUGGUAUCGGAGCCGUUCUUCCUCCCGACUUCAAAGGAAUUCCACUAGAGAUCGGCAAGGGGAGAGUACUGAUGGAAGGCAGCAGAGUGGCUAUAUUGGGGUAUGGUGCAAUGGUUCAACAGUGUGUUGGGGCUUCAGAACUGCUGAAAACAAGAGGCAUUUGCCCAACAGUUGCAGAUGCCAGAUUUUGCAAACCCCUGGACACACAGCUCAUCAGACAAUUGGCAAAACAACAUGAAAUUCUGAUCACUGUGGAAGAAGGAUCCAUUGGAGGCUUUGGUUCUCAUGUAUCCUACUUCCUAAGCUUAACUGGGAUUUUGGAUGAUCAUCGUCUCAAGUUGAGAAACAUGGUUCUUCCUGAUCGAUACAUCGACCACGGGGCGCCACGAGACCAGCUCGAAGAAUCAGGACUGUCAUCAAGACACAUAGCUGCAACAAUCCUAACUCUUUUAGGAAGAUCAAAAGAAGCUCUUUCAAUUCAGGUGUCUACUGCCAAUAACUGAACAUGAAGCUCUAUAUCUACAGAGUUUAUGGGAAUCUAAAAAUGAGUUGUACUUGUACUAGUAGUCUAGUAAAUGUAUGAAAAAUGUUGUCAUUUCACAUGAUGAAUGGCGUUGUCAAUGGUAACUCAUAAAUGAUAGUUAAGGUAAGUUUUCAAAGAGUA